AUGGCCGAAGAAGUUCCACCAGCGCCACCAGAGAUUGGUGUCACCCUCGCCGCAUUACAAACCGGCCUAGAGCAACUUCCUGAUCGCCUCACGAGGAUUGAACUUAUGAAUCCUCCUCGCGAAGAUCCGUUACCCGCGAGGCGACCACGACGCGAGCCAGCGAGUGAUCAGUCCGAUGAGGACUUUGAACCGAGGCCUAGACGACGACACCGCUAUGAUGAUCAAGACGACGAAGGUCCGAGACGUUAUGAGCCGAACCACAAGAUGGUCCCACCAACGUUCGCAGGCAAGUCAGACCCCGAGGCCUAUCUUGAAUGGGAAAGUCGCAUGGACCACUUAUACUCGUGCCAUGCCUAUCCGGAGCUACGAAAGGUCCAAUAUGCGGUGGCACAAUUCACCGAUCACGCCCUUACCUGGUGGGAUCGACUGGAGGCUGAACAACGACGCAACCGCGACCGACCUAUCACUGUUUGGGAGGUCUUGAAAGCAGAGAUGCGAAGGCGCUACGUGCCUCCCUACUACCACCGCGAGCUCCAGAAGAAGUUUCGGCGACUAACGCAAGGCGCACGGAACGUGGAGGAGUAUUACGAAGAAUUUGAACACUUGCGCAACCGGUUGCAAGUCGAUGACUCCGAAGAGUCACUCAUGGCUCAGUUCUUGGACGGAUUGCAAGAACGCAUUGCACGCAAGGUCGAGCGCCAACCCUAUCAAACCUUUGAGGAGUUAUUGCAUCUCUCGGUGCAAAUUGAGACUCAAAUCAAGAAGAAGAGCGCCUCUGCGCCUCGUGGCCGAACUCAAGGAGCUACCAAUUGGACUCCUAACGCGUCGCCAUCAAACCGAUUGCCGGAAAAACCAAAGGCGACCAGCGCGGACUCAAGGUUCAAACCUAGGGAGCCGGCCACCAAUGAGCGCCAAGAUCCGCGACGCAACACCACCGACGUCCGGAGCCGCGACAUUGUAUGUUUCAAGUGUCAAGGGAGAGGCCAUUACGCUCGUGAUUGUCCGAACGCACGGACAAUGAUACUGACCGAGGCUGGCGAGAUCGAGUCCGACGAUGAGGCCACCAAAGAGAUUGUGCGAGGAGAAGCCGAGCUGGAAGAAGCUGUUACAGAACCCGAGGUGGGAGAACUGCUCAUGAUACGCCGCAUCCUGAACGCUGGUGUAGCCACGGAUGCNUUCGUAGUGGUUUAUUUUGAUGAUAUAUUGGUAUAUAGCUCUAGUUUGAUUGAUCAUGUUAAACACCUAGAGGCCGUCUUGUNAACCAACGUGACAACAUUUUCCACACGAGAUGCACUGGCCAGNGUAAAGGAACAGGUCACGGUCCCAUUCAGUAUCGGUCCGUAUAAGGAUCAAGUCCUUUGUGAUGUAGUGCCUAUGCAAGCUAGCCACCUUUUAUUGGGGCACCCAUGGNCCACGCCAACGAGCAUCACUCAAGUCCGAUCGUUCCACGGCCUAGCCAGCUUUUACCGGAGGUCUUGGUGGUUCUCUAGAGGCCUUACCANUUUUGAAGUUGAGUGCGAUGCGUCGGGAGUCGGGGUCGGAGCUGUCCUGGAUCAAGGAGGCAAACCGGUGGCGUACUUUAGUGAAAAGCUUAGUGGAGCCACGCUCAACUACCCUACGUAUGACAAGGAGUUAUACGCCCUCGUUCGUGCCAUGGAGGUUUUUCAACAUUAUUUAUUGGCGAGAGAGUUUGUGAUUCACACUGAUCACGAAACUCUCAAGUACCUCCGUNAGCUUGAGCGACAAGUCAAAGAGCUCAUGGCGCAAGGUUACGUCCGAGAGAGUUUGUGUCUGUGUGCCGUACCAGUGCUCCUAGUCACGAAGAAAGACGGGUCAUGGAGGAUGUGCGUUGACUGUCGAGCCGUCCNUCAUUGA